AUGACAUCUGUAAUUGUGUGCGAAGUUUUUAUAGUGCGUGAAUGGAUAAUUGCCAUAUAUCAUAAUAUAGUUGAAGUUAAGGUAUUUAUAAAGUCAGAGCUGAAAGUUGGUGUCAUAUACGUCAAAGAAAAUCAAUACACAGAAGAGGAAAUUCUGGACAAUAAUGAAAAUUCGCCGAUGUUCGACGAAUUUUUGCAAGUUCUGGGAGAAAAAGUUCGUCUCAAAGGUUUCGACAAAUAUAAAGGAGGUUUAGACACCGUCCACGAUUUGACUGGCUUGUUUUCUGUAUACACCAAUUGGAGGAGCAUCGAAAUCAUGUUCCACGUCUCCACAUUAUUGCCUUACGAGAGGCAUGAUCCCCAGAAGCUGCAGAGGAAGCGUCACAUAGGAAACGACAUCGUGUGCGUCGUCUUCCUCGAAGCUGAUAAUACUGCCUUCUCGCCUGCCUGCAUCAAAAGUCACUUCCUACACACUUUCAUUUUAGUUCGAGUAUCGGCGAAAAUAAAACGUCGUCCAACAAGAUACGAAGUGUCGGUCGUGACUCGUGAUGAAGUCGGCGCCUACAAGCCUUACCUUUGGGAGCAAAGCGUCUUCGACAAGGGCCCUAUGUUCAGAGAAUGGUUACUGACCAAAAUAGUCAACGGAGAACGAGCAUCGUAUUCAGCGCCUAAAUUCGCGAGAAUGCAAGAAAGAACAAGAAGCCAAAUGUUAGAGGACAUCGUAGCAAACCUACAGAACCACGCCGAGACGGGCCAAAUACCAAAACCGUAUAGAAGAGGUUCAUGGAGACCCAUAGGCCACAUGAGACCGUCUUCCCCUUUGCUGGACUCCGUUAGAGACCAGUUUGAAGACUACGAUCAGUUAGCAAAAGACUUCACCCGCGUGUUCCUCAAUAGUGAACUGAAUGCCUCGCAGAACGCACAACUAUUUGACGUCGUAUUUUUAGUUGGACAAUCUAAACAGAAGACCAAGUUCAUUGGAGUCAGAGCAAUAUUGGGAGUUAGAAGCAGGGUGUUCCAGGAGAUGUUGUACGGUAUCCAGACGGGGUUUGGCUCCCCGCAGGUGCCGGUGGCGGAGCUGCUGGCGCGCCCCGCGCCCACGCUCCUCUCACCCACGCCCGCCCGACAGAAGAGCAGCAACUUCCUGCAAGUGCCGGAUAUUGAAUCGCCAAGACCCAAAAGUGUUCCAAGUUCACCGAUGGUGAAACGAGCGUUCUCCCGCUUGGGCACAAUUACCGCAGGCUGGGGCCGCUCUAUCCGCAAGCAGCAUUCACAACUCAACGCUGACGACAAGAAGAAAUGGGCCAGCUCUCAAGACUGCUCUAAUAAAGAAGCAAAAGACAAAGACAAGGACAAAAACGCUGCUUUAGCCGUACCGAGGUUAUCGGUAUGCGCAGACGCACAAAAGGUUGACCGUGCCAAACUUGCACAGACUGAGUUCUCGAUAAUCGAGUUUGACCCGGAGACUUUCCGCAUCCUGCUGGAUUACCUGCAUACGGGCAGCUGCCCGCUCACCUGCGCCUCCAUUCCCGGCCUCAUCUGUGCCGCCGAACACUACGACCUGCCCGAGCUGCUGCAGGCGUGCUUCCACCACGCCAAGCAGUUCCUCAGGAUAGAAGUGGUGUGCACAAUGCUUAUAUCAUUAGAGAACUAUUAUUGGCGAUAUACGUCAGCAUCAGAGCUGGUGAAUAUGAUCCUAGCUUUUAUCGAACAACGCGCAUACGCACUUUUCCAGACGCCCGAAUUUCUUAAUCUAUCAGAAUCCAUGGUCCAGAUGAUCAUGUGCCGAAACCUCGAGGUGCCCGAAGUGAGAAAGUUUGAAGCGAUGCUCGGCUGGGCCCGAAACAAAAUCAAAUCGAAAACCGCAACUAAGACUGAUGCCAAAAAUGAAUUUAAAUGCAUUAUGGAAAGAUUAGCGAGAGAUCUGAAGCUCUAUAGGAUUUCACCGCAGGAAUUGAUAAAGGUAGUUCUUCCUUCGAAGGCGAUCAAGAACGAGCGCAUAUUGGAGACGCUGAUGUACCAAGCCAACUCAGGAAUGUACAGAAUCCAGGACAGCUACCUAGAGGCCUGCCAGCAACGCUUGCAGAAACAAGACUCUAGAUUCUCAGAAUUCGAAAGUUUCGACUACGGAAUAUAA